AUUUUCUUUCCCUCCACGUCCCACCUUUGCCCUAGUCGAUCGCCUUCUCUCCCUUCUCCGCUGCUGCGGUUCCAACCCCGAGGUUUUGGCCGAUGGAAGAAGGCUUCGAGGGCGAUGUCCUCCUACCGGAUCAGUCUUCUUCUCCCCUCCCCAAGCACAAGCUCCGGCGCCUCAAGAGAGUAUCCCUUUUCGCCUCUCGCAGCCCCCCUACCGAUUCUGAUUCAACUUCGUUGCCGGAAGUUCCCUUGGAGACUCUGGAACCUACUACGACGCUGGAUUUCGAGAAGCCGGUCCUCGAAUCAGAUGUAAUCGGGACGGCGAUAGACCCGGAACUCGAGUUCGACCCUUUGUUCCCGGAUCUGGAUCAAUUGCAGGCGAAAAAUACAGAUAUUGGAAGAGAAAAAGAAGACUUUUUCUGGGGAGGGGACAAUGGUUGCGGUGCGGCGAACGAGAUAAAUGAUGGAAUCGAGAAUGUGAAGUCUGCGAAGAAAAAAUUGAUUUUGGAGGGAGAAGAUGAGGAUACGAAGAAGAAGAGGAAAAAGCAAAAAUCCAGCGAGAAGCCCAAAGAAUCAUUGCGGGAGAAGAGAAAACUCGAAAAGGAGCGACAAGCUCACUUGCUUCAAAUUCACGCUGAAUCACAACGGUUGCUCCGUGAAACCAGAGAUGCUUCCUUCAAGCCUACUCUGGUUGUCCAGAAGCCCAUAUCAUCUGUUUUAGAGAAGAUCAGGCUCAGAAAAAAAGAGGUCUUCAAAAAAUCUGUUGUUGUCAAUCAUUCCCAAUCUAUUGAUGACACCACAAAUUGCAAGGCUGAUACCUACCAUGAUGGUGAAGCUACAAUGCUUGAGAGUAAGAAAGAUGACUAUGCAGGUUUGGAAGAGAAUAAAGUUCCGCAUGUUGAAGAACAUCUUAAUGUAGAAGGUGGAGGAGUCACAACUCAUGACAGACGUGGUCGUUGUAAUCAAAUUUCUAAUCUCACCUGUGAUGUUGCAAACAAUACUCUAGAUGCCGAUGAGGAGUUUAAUGAUUCUAAUGAAGCUGAGAAAGACCACCAAAUAAUUUAUAAUACAAAAGAAGCAAUAAAAAGUACCUUGUCAGUGUUGCCAACCUCAUUCUCCGAGCUUGCGCCUUUGGAUAUUGUUGGUCCUGCUUCACAAUCAUUAGAAGGUGAUGAAAAUGUCAAUCUCCAACCUCACAAGGCUUUUAAUGUGGACUCCUAUUCUGACGUUGCACUUGCCAAAGCCUUUCUUGAUGAUGAGGCUGAAGAAGAAGAUGAUAGUGACCAUGAUUUGAUGAGGUUUCAAGAGAAUGAAGAUGAUGAAAGUGAUGAUAAUGAAGAGCUAACUGAUAUGAUUGCAACUGGUUUUGAAGAAGCACCAAUUGAUUGUGAAAGGCGCAAUCAACUUCAUCAGAAGUGGCUUGCUCAACAAGAUACAGCUGCAACAGACAAUGUCAUUCAGAGAUUAAGAUUUGGUAAUAAACAUAAAGAGCCAACUUUACUUCAUGAAGAAGAAGCAAGUUUAGAACAUAGUGAAGAGUCUGAAGAUGGAGAACCUUCAGAUCUACAUCCACCUAAUUCCAUCCAUAAAAGCACAAAAAUGGCUAAACAAAUGAUGGCAAAAAUGUUUACUGAAGAUCAUGAUGCUUAUUUACCAUCAGAUGAUGAAGAGUUAGAGAAAAAUUUUAUUCGUCAGCGUCUAAUAGCACAGAAUAAGGAACCUGCACUUGAUUCCCUCAUAGAUGUUGAGCAUUCCAGAGAGAUUUUUGGUCUUAUCAAGAACAUGAAUGCUGCUCCUGAAACAAAAAAAAGAGUAAAACCAACAUCUCACUUUGGUUUGCUUCUGACUGAAAGUAGCAACAGCUCUUCCAAGUCUUCUUUUCUUGGUCGAAGUACAAGUUCUUCAAUGCAAUAUUCACAUAAGCAAAGUUCAUCUAUUGCUCGGGCAUUCAUUUUUGGUCGUGAUGACAGUAAUAGCCGGAGUAGUCUUCCAGCCUUUGAAAACAUUCAAGAAGAGAAUCAGCUGGAGAAUAAGAAUAAGAAACCUUUUGCAAAGUUCAGUGGCCCGCAAAUGAAAUCAAAUGCUUCUAAAGCAACGACAGAAUCUAACACAAAUUCAAGUUCUUCUUUGUUUGAAAUCCUGCAACAGUCAUCUAUACAGUUCGACAAACAAUUGGAGAGCAAGAUGAGUGGUGACAAUACAAUCGAAAUCAAAGCGGCGCAACCAUUUUCAGCUUUUAAAAUUCAGAGGAAGUUUUCAAAAGUUUCAGAGGGAAUUAAUAGAUCCCAAGGAUGAAGCGACCUUGCUUACUCUAUCAGUCAAGUGACCCUAUUGUACUUACCUUAAUGUAAUCUGAAGCCUUUUUAGUCUUGCAUAAUGCAUAGGCUACUUGAUGAGUCGCCCGUACAAUGACCGGCAAUUUCUUUUACCAAAGAAAAGGAACAUAAAGAAAAUAUACACUGGAGUUUCGGGGACUCUGAAUUGGCACCGCAGAAGGGGAAUUGCUGAAUUUGCUUAUUUGUUUAUUGUGUUGAUUGUGACUAUUUCGUGCUUGUUCUCGGCU